AUGAAGAAUAAUGACAAAGAUAAAUUCAUACUAAACAUUUAUGACGAUACAAGAAGAUUCUUGAGACGAUAUAAGGAUAAGAUAAUCAUAACUGAAGCAGACAAGGGAAACAAGACAGUUUUAAUGUACAAAAAGGACUACUACGAGAGAAUGGAUGAGUUAUUGAAAGAUAGAAACACAUACAAACGAAUUUUGAUAGACCCGACACAAAAAUUACAGAGGGCAAACAACAAUCUUAUUAUGGACCUAUAUAAGAAGGAAUAUAUAAGUAUUUAUGAUAAGAGAGUAUUAACAUCAAACGCAGCAACGGCCCCCAGGCUUUAUGGACUUCCUAAAAUCCAUAAACUAAACAAUCCACUUCGUCCAAUAUCAUCAUCGGUAGGAGUACCCUGUUACGAAUUAUCGAAACAUAUUGGGAAGAUAUUGAAGAAUAUUAUACAGGAAAAGUAUAAUAUAAGGAACUCCCUGGAAUUAAAGAUGAAACUGGAUACACUUACAUUGGACGAAGAUGAGAUCCUUAUAUCUUUGGACGUGGUAUCGUUAUUUACAAACAUACCUAUACACCUAGCUAUAAGCAAUAUUAUGGCAAAAUGGAGUUCACUACAGAAUCACACCAAGAUACCGGGAACACAAUUUCUGAAGAUACUUCAAUUCUGCUUGAAUGACAAUAAUUAUUUUGUACAUGACGACAAAUUAUACCACCGGACAUAUGGUAUGCCAAUGGGAAACCCUUUAUCACCGACAGUUGCUGAUAUAAUAUUGGACUGCCUACUGGAUCAAACAUUAGCGGAGCUACAGGAGAAGAAUAUUAAAAUAAAACUCAUCACGGGAUAUGUCGAUGAUUUAUUUGCUAUAAUAGAAUAUGAGGAUGAGGACAUGAUACUAAAGACAUCUAACUCAUAUCACAACAAGUUGAAAUUUACGCUGGAGAGAGAAACGGACAACUCUAUACCAUACCUUGAUAUGAGAAUACAUAGGAAUAACCAGAGGAUAAUAACAGAUUGGUAUAUGAAACCAAUUGCAUCUGGACGAUUAUUGAAUUUCCACUCAACACAACCCAUGAGACAAAAGAUGAAUACAGCGAUGAAUCUAAUUAACAAAGUUAUGAAGAUGAGUGACCGACAAUUUGAAAUAGGAAAUAUGGCGAGAAUUAAGAUUAUACUGAGGGAAAAUGACUUUCCAAAUGAUCUAGUGGAUGAACUGAUAAUUAAGGUCAAAAAUGGGAGUAAUGAUAAUUCUUCACGGGAAAAUGACAAAGAGGACACAUCUGGCAACGCCAAAUAUUACAGUAUACCUUUUAUCCCAAGACUAACUGAGAACAACAAAUUGAGAGAGAUGAUAAAGGACCAACAGAUAAUAUUUGCACAUAAACCAAACAGAACAAUAGACAGCUUAUUUACACAAACAAGGACGAAGAUUGAGUGCAGAGAACAAGGUGAUGUAGUGUAUCAAAUUGAAUGUGAUGGCGGAGACAGUGAGGUGUGUGGGAAAGUGUACAUUGGCACAACAAAGAGAAAUUUAGGCGUGAGAAUAGAUGAACAUAAGGCGGACAUAAAGAGGGAAGAACGAUCAACUGCACUAUCACAACACUGCAUUGAAAACGGACACAGACCAAACUUUGAGAGAGUGAAGAUUUUAGAUAAGGAAAAAAGGGAAAAUGGGAGAUAUACGUUGGAGAGCUUGAGAAUACGGCAAAAAUCAGAAAGUGCAAUAAAUACAAAAGAGGAUAAAGAUAAUACAAAUGCAAUCUACACCAUUGCAAUAUUUUAG